UAUUGCCUUUGCUUUACACAGUUUGAGAAGUGAUGCCAGAAUUGCUUAACUUUUGUCCAUGUCUCCCCUUCUCCUUCCAUACAUGCGGUUUCAGAACCAAAGAUCUCCUCACCCAGGGCAGAGCAGAAGUAAGCCUGUGAAUUCCUUGGUAGAGGGCCCAAAUGGGACACGAGAUCUGAUACUUCAGCAGCACCAAAUCAACCUGCCCAUGCUCUCAUGCGGGUCUCAUUUUCCUUCCUCCAAUGUUUUCAGCAAUAACCAAACAUCUCUACCUGCUCUACUCCCAUCCCAUGUGUCCUCUGUCCCUUCUGUGACCCAAGGACCAAUUGUCAUGAUGGUGCAGCCCAUGCAGGCUGGGCAGGGAGGAGAGAACUCUCCCUCUACGUGGACACUUAUAAACUACCUGCCAAUACUGCUGACUCCAGGAGGGGGCCUCUCCAAUGCUCACAAUCCUUUCUGGCUCCAAAACCAAGAAAAUUGCCAGAAUCAUGAAGAACAGACUACCACAGGAACACUACAGUUGAAGGACUAUUCUCAGCCUCAUCCUGACCACAAAAAACACCAAUUACAGGAUCUGGAUCAGAUGGACAUAUCUUACAUUGGGAAAUGGUGGGAUGAGUGGUGCCAGGCUUUGAUUGCAGAAUGGGACCCUCGGGAAGGGACACACUGAGCCACACAACACAUAGCUCAGCUGGAGACCCAUCUUAUUCCCUCGGCUAAUUGCACCAACAAUAUUUA